AUUACGCCUGCGUACAGCGGGGAAGGGGAGCUGUCCGUAUCAAAUAGUGCUGGUGUGUUAUCGUUGAUCGGGGCUCUUGCGUUGUGAGUGUGUGCAUUUUAUGGACAAGAUGGAUGAAGAAUUAAAAUGCCCAGUUUGCGGUUCUUUAUUCAAGGAUCCCAUCAUUCUACCUUGUUCUCACAAUGUUUGCUUGGCUUGCGCCCGAAACAUCAUUGUACAGACGCCAGAGGGUGAAACACCUCCGCAUAGCCGUGCCUCCGGGAACUCGGAUUACGAUUAUCUUGAUAUGGACAAAAUGAGCAUGUAUAGCGAAACGGACAGCGGCUAUGGAUCAUACACGCCGUGCCUGAAGUCUCCGAAUGGGGUAAGGGUGUUUCCUCCGGCUAUGAUGCACCGUCAUUGCUCCAUCACCUGCCCCCUUUGUCAUCGCAGCGUCUCUCUAGACGAACGAGGGCUAAGGGGCUUCCCACGUAACCGACUGCUGGAGGCAAUCGUUUCACGCUAUCAGCAGAGUCGUGCCGUGGCGGUGAAAUGCCAGUUGUGUGACCGCAACCCGGUCGAAGCCACUGUGAUGUGCGAGCAGUGCGACGUCUUCUACUGCACGCCCUGUCAGCAGCGAUGCCACCCUUCCCGUGGACCGCUGGCCAAACAUCGAUUGGUACCUCCGACGCAAGUGGCAGGCGCUAGCCAGCAGCAGCCGGCAGCGACCGCUCGCAAACUGGCAACAUGUGCGGAACACGACGUGGAGAACUACAGCAUGUACUGCAUCAACUGCAAAAUCCCGGUCUGUUUCCAGUGCCUGGAGGAGGGCAAGCACGGAAAACACGAUGUCAAACCUCUGGGCGCCAUGUGGAAACAGCACAAGUGCCAGCUCUCCCAAGCCCUGAGUGGAGUAUCAGACAGAGCCAAGGACGCCAAAGAAUUUCUGGUUCAGUUAAAGAACAUGCUUCAACAGAUACAGGAGAACGGAGUGGAGUUCGAGGCUUGCCUGGUGGCUCAGUGUGACGCGCUAAUCGACGCGCUCACGCGACAGAAAGCCAAGCUCCUCACCAAGGUCACCAAGGAGCGCGAGUACAAGCUGAAGGUGGUACGCGACCAGAUCACUCACUGCACCAUGAAGCUGCGUCAGACCACAGGGAUGAUGGAGUUCUGCCUGGAGGUGAUCAAAGAGAAUGACCCCAGUGGGUUCCUGCAGAUCUCAGACGCCCUGAUCAAGCGGGUGCAGUCAUCCCAGGACCAGUGGGUGAAGGGGGCGCUGGAGGCCAAGGUUGGCCCCGAAUUUGACCUGACUCUCAGCACCGACCCUCUGCUGCAGGCCAUUCACCAGCUGGACUUCAUUCAGGCUAAAGAUUUUCAGGAGACUCCAUUAUUGAAACAAAAGCAUGCAGGUGGACUGAAAGUGACGGAAAGCGCAGGAGCGGAGGCCUCGACUGUCCCGCCCGCACCCCUGCUGCAGCUGGAGAAAUGCUGCACUCGAAACAACAGCGCCACCCUGGCUUGGAGGGUCACUGCAGGUCCCAGUGUCCCCAUCGAGGCUUAUGUGCUGGAGCUGGACGACGGCAAUGGCGGCCAAUACAGGGAAGUGUACGUCGGAAAGGAGACCGUGUGCACAGUGGACGGGCUCCACUUCAACAGCUCCUACAAUGCGCGAGUCAAGGCCUACAACUCCACAGGAGUGGGGCCCUACAGCAAGACCGUCAUCCUGAAGACGUCCGACGUGGCGUGGUUCACCUUUGAUGCCACCUCCGCUCACCGGGACAUAGUGCUGACCAACGAGAACCAGACGGUGAGCUGCAACAGCUACGACGACCGCGUGGUGCUGGGAACGGCCGCCUUCUCCAAGGGCGUGCACUACUGGGAGUUGUGCGUGGAUCGCUACGACAACCACCCCGACCCUGCCUUCGGCGUGGCCAGGAUCAACACCAUGAAGGACAUGAUGCUGGGGAAAGACGACAAGGCCUGGGCCAUGUACGUGGACAACAACCGCAGCUGGUUCAUGCACAACAACUCCCACACCAACAGGGCGGAAGGGGGCAUCACUAAGGGGUCAACUGUGGGCAUCCUGCUGGACCUGAACAAGCACACGCUCACCUUCUUUAUCAACAAGGAGCAGCACGGGCCUGUGGCCUUCGAAAACCUGGAGGGGGUCUUUAUGCCCGCUGUCAGCCUCAACAGGAAUGUCCAGGUCACGCUGUUGACGGGCCUGGAGGUGCCAAAGAAUAUUCAGCAGCCGUGACUGCUCAAUGAGCCGUUGGGUAAUACACAAUAUCACACUGGCGCUACGCGAGCUCCAAUCAGAUCAGUACCAUGUUCAAUGUCAGCUAACAGCACCAUUGUGGGAGGUUUAAGACUCAUGCAUAGCUAUAUUAUAUGUUCACUGGUGUUAUUUUUUUAGACUUCAAUGGUAAAACAGCCAAUUACAUCUCAGUCAAACAAACGAUCAGUAAUUCAAUGAUAUGUCAUCACAAAUCACAACAUUGUGCUUUCAUAUUUUUAAAACUGCUCUCUUGCUCCCGACUCCCCUGAUCCCAAGUGAUCAGCCUGCUCUCUGAUUGGCAGUCGUCACACCAAUAGGAGUGUUCAUUGGCUGAUCACUGCUCUGGGAUUAGUGGGGAAUGAGGAAGCAGUCUGGGACUCUGAGUCUACAUCUGAAAAUAGCAACUACAGACUAGAAGUGCCCUAAAAUUCUUAUGAUCUACUUAUCUCAGGUUCAUAAAAUAUAAAAUAAGUGUGUUGUCUUCAUUGUGUAUAUGUUAUGAAAACUGUACAGGAAGCAAAGGUGGCAAACAGACACCUCAGAACACAAGGCUUUCACAGAUGCUAACCAUUACAAUAGCAGGACUUGCUAGAACACAUGUAAAUAUUCAGUAAUCAAAUGGAGAAAUACAGCGACACUGCUUCCGAGAGAGCAGACAGGAGAGUGAAGAGAGAGAAGUAACUUUGCUCUGAGUGUCAUGUCUGCUUGGGGUUCACGGUGUAUGUCUGUGACAUCAUCUCUAAGCAGUGAAUGGAAUGUCCCAGAGAGCUCAGGAUGGACACUCUGCUCGGAAGUAAAUAAAAAUAAAUAAAUAAUAAAAAACCCACAAGGGAUAGUAGACCCCUGCAGAUGUAGACAUGUUUGUAUUGUAGUUUAUAUGUGACCCUUAAUUAAUGGGCACGUGGACAACAAGAAUGUCCUGCCCUCACAAUGACACCAGAUGCGAGUGACCGAGAUGAUAAAAUUCUGAGAAUUUCCUGCUUUGUGAAUCAAAAUCAAUACAAAAUAUAUUUUUUCCUCAUGCACUUGUCCCACGUGUUAGGCUUGUUUUUCACAUAGAGUCAAGCAAAGAUGCUUCGCCCUCUUGAUGGUCAAUGAUUUUUUAAAUGAAAAGCUAUUGUAAAACCCGUUAAAGCUUCAGAACAUUGAUUGACGAAAGUCUGUGAGGUCAUGUUUGCAUGUAGUUGUAAAUAUCGACACGAGACUGAGUGAAGACUCGUGUGUCCCAAGCAUGAAUUUUAAGUGGACUAAUUAAAUCAGUGACCUCAUUCUGUAAAUAAUACACAAACGCUCCCAUUUAGACAUUUACGGUGUUAUUUAUCUUACACGCCUAUGGUGGACCUUUAGCUGUAGUUCAAACCUCGACCUUGGCAUUAAAAAAAAAAAAAAAAACUUGAUGUGAGCAAGUCUGUAGUGUUCUCAGGCAAUUGUUAAUUAAAUACCUCCAAACAGCAGAGACCAGAACUAUCAAAAUGACAGAGUUUACAUUUGAAAUUUUAAAGCUGUGGCAGACACAUAUACACACAAACUGAACCAUAAGACAUCCUGUUCCUUCAGCUUAAGAUAGUCAAUGACGUUUACAAGAUAUUCCAAUCACACAAGAACUGAGAAUCAAACUAGCACAAUAUUGGGUAGAACGCUAUUCCGCCCAUGCCAAACAGGAGUGUGAAUAUACAUCAAUCAUGGAUGGGCAAGUUUGUUGUCCUGGACCAACCUGACUGGCUCAAGCCAUAUAGACGUUCUGCUGACCAGUAAUGAUAAAAGUACAUGAAAGGAAUUAUCCUCUAGAUGUUCCAAUUUGCGCUAAACCACAUGCACAGGUUGCAUACUCAUUUAUAUAUUAUGUACAGAUUCUCUGCAAAGCUGUGUGGUCAGUGAUCACAUAUGUAUACUGUGCCUCUUCUCAUGGAUGUCUGCCAUUUUGACUAUUCAGGUUUCACUGAUUGAGUGGAUUGAUUACUCAUUGGCAGUAUGAGGGAGACUUAAUGCAGUACUAGACCUGGUCUUUACAGAGGUACUGCCCCACUGUGAUUCACCGAUAAUAUUUUACGUAUUUGCUCAAGCAUGAAAACUACAGUGCGAGACUUUGAAACAAGGGUAAGUGGGAACUGUGAUGUUUCCACAUUUGAAAGAUUGGAUUUCGAUCUCUUUAUCUUUUAAGCCCUUUAAACUAGUGUUUCAGAAAUGUUUCCAUUUUUAUUUUUUUUAUUCACCAAGCUUCUCCCAAAAUUAUUUUUCACUCUACUUUUAAAAAUGAAAAAAAAGUAAACCACUUUGCGAUGAGAGGGAGUGUACAUUUGUUAAGGUUGUGCAUGCUGUGCAUUAGAAAUCUGUCCUUAAUCCACAUUGGGAAUUUUAUUGUUUGGAUUAAGCAUACCAAAGUUACUUCUUACAUUGGAAUAAUGGUCUUGUUCCAUAUCUGGAGGACAAGUAAAGUUCUCCCUAUGGUAAAAUGUGAAAAGUUUUUUUACCUGUAUGUAGCUACUGUUAGACCCUUGCUUUUGCCUCCGAAAACAUGUAAUUUAUAAAUCUUUUACAAGGGUCCAUCCUACUCUUUUCAAAUAAAUGAUUUAUUCAGGAACUUUACGUCAAACAAUUCAGAUUGUGUUAGUUUCCUCUGUGCAGGGCCAGUGGAUCGUAUGUUGAAAAGGUAAAGAUGUAAAAUAAAGUAGAAUAGAUAAACUUUUUCUGAUGGACCUGUCGUGUAGAACAAAUGUGAAUGUGACCAUUCUCGUAAUUAAAGAUGGCGACAGGGAAAGUUCAUUUGACAAGGUUUCAAAACGUUAUAAUUGACCACUGGGAAAGGCCAGAGAUGGAGGAAAGUAACAAAGCAGCCAGCAGUAUUUAUAAUGCAAUGGAGUAUUACCAGGUGAGCACUGGGUCAUAGUGACCACUCACCUUCAUGCAGAGGAAGAAAAGUUUAUCAGUCUAGUGAAGCAAGGCCCAUUAACAGGCUCACUCAAAACCCAAAACUCACAGCGACCUUAGUAGUGAUGCACAUAGAAGCUUUCCUUCUCCUCUAAAUGUCUUGUAGUGGUGUGUUCGGCAUGCAUUUUUAUUUUGACACGGUAGCUUGCUUUUGAAUGUGAACAUCCGACGAAAAACGGUGCUAGAAAACAGCCAGUGUUGUGCGAUUAAAAUCUUAAUUAGAACCAAGAGGACCCACCGCCAUACCAGACUUUAUACAUGUUUAUUUAUUUCGUGUUAUUUAUUUUUAUAUGUGUAUUGAGUCUUUUUGAAAUUUACACUUUGCAGCAGUGACACAAUCGAAAGUUGUGGAAUCUGCGAGAGAGUUUUCAAUGCGAGAAUCUACAGACAAGCACACUGAUAAGGCCCUGGGGCUGAAAGUGGCCUCUUUCUGCACCAGUCUACCAGAGAACUAGGCCUAGUACAUACCACCAGGCCCCAAGGAAUGCCAGACAGUCCCACAGGACACCACAGCACUGGUGUCCUGUCUGUGUGUUCACAAAAGCUGUACUUUUUCUAGAAUUCUGUGUAUUUACUUCAUUUUAAUUUCUCCUAAAAAUGUAAACGUUUUGUAUUCUCCAGUGGUUUGUAUAUGAAAUGCAUUGUAAUGGCAUUGUUUUCAUACUCUGUAGUGUAAAAGAAAGGCAAUGUCUUUUUUCGUUUUCAAAAUGAAUAAAUUGUGAUGGCAUAUA